UGCCUGUCCUGCACCCUGUGCAGAUGCCUCCCACUGUCUGCUGGGGCUGAUGGGCACCUCCUGGCUGGUCUCUUGUACUAGCGGGUGCAGCCCAGAACUGUCUUCUGAGGAAGAGGUGCUCUCCUGGGCCCCCACUGUCCCCAAGCCUCAGCAAGGCAAGUGAGGUGCUGCCGUCAUCCAGACUGGACGGUUCACUGAUUUGCCUGAGGCCCCACGGCAGAGUUCAACUGGAGACCAGAGAAAUCAGCUAGAGGCAGAGGGAGGUCACACGGAGUCCCCCAGAAAGGACUGGGCUACGCGCGCUUCAGGUAACCUUCUUGACCUUUAGGAGAAUGAGAAGGCUGCCUGACCAGACAGUCUCUGAAGAAGAUUCUGUGGGUACAUGCUCCUGCAGAGUGUGAGGGAGACCCUGGUUAUUUCCUCAGCUGUUUCCACCAAAUCCUCCCAUCUUUCGUGGCCAACACCCCAGGCAAGGCUUGGUGCCCCCGUCUGCUGCUGGACACAGAGCCAUGAAGAAGAGGUUAGUGGUGCUGGGCCUGCUGGCCGUGGUCCUGGUGCUGGUCAUUGUUGGCCUCUGUGUCUGGCUGCCCUCGGCCUCCAAGGAACCUGACAACCAUGUGUACACUAGGGCUGCCGUGGCUGCAGAUGCCAAGCAGUGCUCGGAGAUUGGGAGGGACGCAUUGCGGGAUGGUGGCUCUGCAGUGGAUGCAGCCAUUGCAGCCCUGUUGUGUAUGGGGCUCAUGAAUGCCCACAGCAUGGGCAUCGGGGGCGGCCUGUUCCUCACCAUCUACAACAGCACCACGCGAAAAGCUGAGGUCAUCAACGCCCGCGAGGUGGCCCCCAGGCUGGCCUUUGCCAGCAUGUUCAACAGCUCACAGCAGUCCCAGAAUGGGGGACUGUCAGUGGCGGUGCCCGGGGAGAUCCGAGGCUAUGAGCUGGCGCACCAGCGGCAUGGGCGGCUGCCCUGGGCUCGCCUCUUCCAGCCCAGCAUCCAGCUGGCCCGCCAGGGCUUCCCCGUGGGCAAGGGCUUGGGGGCAGCCCUGGAAAACAAGCGGACCGUCAUCGAGCAGCAGCCUGUCUUGUGGUAUGUCUGUGGAUCCUCUGGGGCUCAGCAACGUGCACCUGGCUCUGAUCAACCAGGGUACAACUUCUCCCGGGCGAGCGUGGAGACCCCGGAGCAGAAGGGCCUGACGUACCACCGCAUCGUAGAGGCUUUCCGGUUUGCCUUUGCCAAGAGGACCCUGCUUGGGGACCCCAAGUUUGUGGAUGUGACUGAGGUGAUCCGCAACAUGACCUCCGAGUUCUUCGCUGCCCAGCUCCGGGCCCAGAUCUCUGAUGAUACCACUCACCCGAUCUCCUACUACAAACCCGAGUUCUACAUGCCGGAUGAUGGGGGCACUUCCCACCUGUCUGUCGUCGCAGAGGACGGCAGUGCUGUGUCCGCCACCAGCACCAUCAACCUCUACUUUGGCUCCAAGGUCCGCUCCCCAGUCAGCGGGAUCCUGUUCAAUGAUGAAAUGGAUGACUUCAGCUCUCCCAGCAUCACCAAUCAGUUUGGGGUGCCCCCCUCACCUGCCAAUUUCAUCCAGCCAGGGAAGCAGCCGCUCUCGUCCAUGUGUCCAACGAUCAUGGUGGGCCAGGACGGCCAGGUCCGGAUGGUGGUGGGAGCUUCUGGGGGCACGCAGAUCACCACGGCCACUGCACUAGCCAUCAUCUACAACCUCUGGUUCGGCUAUGAUGUGAAGCGGGCCGUGGAGGAGCCCCGGCUGCACAACCAGCUUCUACCCAACGUCACAACAGUGGAGAGAAACAUUGACCAGGCAGUGACUGCAGCCCUGGAAACCCGGCACCAUGACACUGAGAUCGCAUCCACCUUCAUCGCUGUGGUGCAAGCUGUCGUCCACACACCUGGUGGCUGGGCAGCUGCCUCGGACUCCAGGAAAGGCGGGGAGCCUGCCGGUUACUGAGUGCUCGGGGUGGACAAAGCUGACCAGCAAUCCAGGGACAAGAUACUCACCAGGACCAGGAAGGGGACUUUGGGGUCUCCUGUGAGUGGUAGAGCAUCACAAUAAAUGAGGCCACUGUGUCAGGCUCCAGGUGGCCUCCCUGGCCUGGCUCCCCACUC